AUGGGAUCAUGGGCGGAUUACUUUCCCCAGCUCGAGGCCCGGUCGCACUUCAACUUGACUCUGAAUACUUCUGCCGCUCGACAAGUUCCCUGGACCCAAAACAACUCGACUAGGACCUUGAUCGCGUCCCUGCAGCUGCAGCAAGUCCAAACGCUCCGCACAACCCAUCUGACCCUCGGAGCCUUCAGUCUUGCAUUGGCAUUGUUAACGGUCCAUCGAAUCAUCUCAGAUGCACGACGAGCAGCAGCUCUUCAGGUUCUACCAAGGAAGAAAUUCAACGCCCUCCACAAUGUCCAUCCCGCCGAAACCUUUCCACUUGCGCUGGCCUCUGGUGCCGUCAUACAACAGAUUAUCUUCGUCUCAGUGCAGGGCACGACCCUUCAAAGUGUAUUCUCUAGGAGUUGUCGAAGCCUAGCAAUGAUCACAUUUCCUACCAUCUUCCUAGUCGGAUUCAUCACACUCGUCUUCGGUAUUGAGACGCUUGUCCGAGCAUUCCGGCAAGAACGUUUUGCUCCGCGUGGCAACUGGAACACAACGAUAUGCAUCGCUGUGGUAUCGCUCUUGCUGAUGCUCACAUGGAUACCGACUGUUGUAUGGCCAAUGUCCAACGUUUGCUUUGGCAGCCUCAUCUGGUUCCCUAUGCGAUACGACCGCCUGAUGCUGUCCAUUCUUUCCAUCCUCGUCUUCUCCUUGCUGUCUGUGGCAGCACUCGUCAGUAUCCAAUUAAUGAGAACACCGGGUCUGGAUCACAAUGAGCGUAUUUCAGCCUCACGUAUGACCUACUUCUUGAUAGUGACCGCGUUAAUCUAUGCUCUUGUAAUUCCAGUCGAAGUUCAAUCUCUCCGAAGAGAAUUCAUGCAGGCACUCGCGGCUUCUCGAAUUGCCGAAAUCUCGCUCUUCUCCUCAGGCAUGGUCUUCACCUUCUUCCAUCUCUUCCUCCGUACAAACGCAACGCGCAUGGUCAUUCGUCCCAUGGAUGAGCUGAAAGGCCCUGCAAGACACCAACGCCCCAAAAUACGAUUCUUUGGCCCGAGCGAUUUGGAGAUGCAGAUCAGUGGACCAAUGGGACUCCACACAACUCAACGUCUGGAUAGCCGGCAGGGUUUGAUCGAUGUCGGGCCCGAGAAGAACCGCUCGGAUAUCGACCCUGAGUACUUUGAACGACCCGAACGCGCUUUGACACCAUCGUCGGCCAGAUCAGGAAGCAGAAUCGACCCUACUGAGUGGCCUCUCCCCCCGAUGCUUGAGAAGGAUGCCAUGAAUUCGCAUGAACGCAAACUAAGCUAUUCUUUGUUUCCUACACGAGCUGAAGAAGUACCGCGCCUUCCAGCGACAGUCUACGACCCCAAUGCUACACAAGACCCAGCUUCAGUUUCCAAGCUUGCCAUGAGGCGCUUCACCCGACGAGGCUCAGUCACCAACGUCAGCGAUGCGUUUGACUUCCCUGGCAUGCCGAAGCUACCUUUCGCUGACCGACACAAACGCAUGGCUAGUACCGAUAGCAGCGCAACUGUGCAGAUUGGCCUCCGUUUCUCCGUUGCACCCGCCACACUCGCAGCAGGCAAAUGCACCCGAGUAGAACGCGAUGUUCCACCACUACAGCGAUCUGCCACCCAGACCAGUGGUGAGUCUCUGAGCCUCAUAAUCCCGGGCAGCUCAACCAAUGCAUCGCUGGCAGAGGAGUCAUUCAGACCUAGGGCCAACAGCCCCAACCGAGCACCGGCAUUUCCUCUGGCGCCCGUAGCCAACUCAAGCGAAUACCUCAAGACCCAGCGCGAAAGGGUACUACAAUCCCCACCACCUCAGUCAGCGGAUCCCCUCUUUCACUCUGCACCUCCUACCCAGCCCGCAGUUCCCCCACCAGUUUGUGUAAGCGGACUCCGGAUGAACCCCAUCACACCUACCUCGUCUGCCGGCUCACCUACAACGGCAUCACUACCAAGCACACCUGGAUCAGCCAACCUGCUCACACGGACAAUAAGUGGCAACAGCGCGGCGCCAUCACCCACGGCACGCAUCCCACUUGGCGCAGGCACAAUGCAACGAGGAGCCUCACCUACCAAAGGUUGGAUCUGA